GUUCAAUGUUAGAGCACGUAACUAUGUGGCUAUGAAUCAUAGCCUAUGAUAUGAGCCAAUUAUUGUUUGUUGGUUUUAUCGUGAAUGUUUUUGACACUUGGAGGGAAAAAACAUCACGCUUGGCUCAGCAAUGCUAAAAUGAUCAAUCUAUAUCGAGCGGAUCAUGAGGAAUGUUUAAUAUUUGAUUUUGUAGUUUUUUGUUUGUUACAUUUUUAAAAAGAAUUUAUUUUGCUUAGUUUUCAUAAGUGUAAAAAUUAAAUAAUUCUAACUAUCUAGUGAAACAUAACAAUACUAUCGACAAUAAAAAUCUAAUUAUUAAGUGAAUUCGUUGGAAUCGUUUUCUCAUCAUUCAUCCGUUAUCGUUGACAGACUCGACAAAACUACUAAAACUAUGACGAAGCAUUAUCCUACAUCGUUUACACCCAAAGAUUCCACAGAAAUGUGCAUGCAGGCCAAAAAGCCACUUUCGGCUUGCCAUACAGAGAACUUCGUGUUUCUAAGGUUUCUUAUGCAUCUCUUUGGAUACACCGUUGACGGACCACCGAAGCAGAAUGAUAAACAUAAAAAGAGGCGAAAAAGAGCCGUGAACGACCAGUAUGAUUUCGUGAUUGUCGGUGCUGGGUCAGCGGGCUGCGUCGUUGCCAACAGGUUGUCGGAGAUUGAAGACUGGAAGGUAUUACUUCUCGAAGCCGGUAUUGAGGAACCAGAAUUUUCUUCUGUGCCAGGUCUUGCACCUUUACAACUGGGAAGUAAGAUCGAUUGGAAUUACACAACACAGCCUGAUGAACAUAUAUGUAGAUCUAGACCAGGAGGUAUGUGUGAUUGGGCUAGGGGUAAAGUAAUGGGUGGGUCAAGCACGAUCAACUAUAUGAUUUAUACUCGAGGAAAUAUGGAAGAUUAUAAUGAAUGGGAACGUAUGGGCAAUGAUGGGUGGGGAUAUGAUGAAGUUCUACACUAUUUUAAAAAAUCCGAGGAUAAUGAAGAUCCAGAAGUUUAUAAGAAAAACCCAAAGUUUCAUGGUAAAGGUGGAUAUCUUACAGUGGAAUGGUUUCCAUAUGUAGACCAUACAGCAGUAUCUUUAAUUAAGGCGUGGCAAGAGAAAGGUUUGCCUUAUGUAGAUGUAAAUGCCGAAAAUCAAAUAGGUGUAACUCAUCUACAAUCGACGGCUAGGCACGGCGAACGAAUGAGCACUAAUAAAGCAUUCAUUAGACCAAUAAGAAAAAAACGGAAAAACCUAACAGUUCUGACAGACGCACACGUCACUAGAGUAUUGAUCGAAAAGAAACGUGCUAUUGGAGUGGAGUUCUUGUAUAAGAAUAAAAUCAGAACGGUAUUCGCAAAAAAAGAAGUGAUUCUGAGUGCCGGUAGUCUAAAUUCACCAAAAAUAUUAAUGCUCUCCGGUAUCGGGCCCAAAAGACACUUGGAGAAGAUGAAUAUUAAAGUGGUGAAAAGCUUAGCUGUCGGAAAGAAUCUACAAGAUCACGUCACGUCUGACGGUAUUGUAAUACGUGUAAAAAAAACCGCCACUGACAAAUCACUCAAAGAGAAAAAGGAAGACGCUGUAUUAUACAAAAAAAAAAGAAAAGGUCCUCUGGCGGCCACUGGCCCAUUACAAUGUGGCGUGUUUCUUCAGACCAAAUAUGAAGUUUCACACGAUCUACCAGACAUAAAUUAUGCAUUUGAUAAUGGUAACGAAAAAGAUUGGAUUCUUGACCCUGCAAAUGCCACAAAAUUCGGCAUGUCUCCUGUUUCUUAUUACGAAGCGAUUAAUGUAAGACCGAUUUUAUUGAAGCCAAAAAGUAGAGGAUAUAUAUUACUCAACCAAACUCAUCCAAUUUGGGGUCAACCACUGAUUUAUCCACGUUUCUUUACCAAAGGAAACGAUCUUGAAGUACUUGUUGAAGGUAUGAAAAUCGGAGCAAACCUGGUGAACACGGAGUCAAUGCGUAAGGUAGGUGCCACACUAGUCGACGUACCGGCAAAAGCUUGCAAAAAAUAUAAGUUCGGCACGGACGAGUACUGGGCGUGUAUAGCCACUGAAUACACGGCUACUAUAUACCAUCCGGUUGGCACGUGCAAGAUGGGACCGGAACAAGACGAGGAAGCAGUUGUCGACCCGCAACUGCGCGUAUAUGGAGUAGAAGGUCUCAGGGUGGUAGACGCUUCCAUCAUGCCCACCAUCGUCCGGGGAAACACGAACGCACCGACCAUAAUGAUUGCAGAAAAGGCAUCGGACAUGAUCAAGGAUCAAUGGCAUCAGAAUCACGACAAUGAAGCUGUAAUCGACGAAUAACGAUCAUCAAAAUGUGUGAUAUCUUAUUAUUAUAUUAAAUUAUAUGGCAUUAUUGUCUCCGCGUCCAGUAAUGGUGAAACGAUGAAAGCAGGUUCAAAAAAAUAGUCAUUUUCUUUUUUUGAUUACUUUUACAUCCAUGCAUGUAUUGUGUCCAGUUUACAAAUAUUUGUGAAAUAGCAAAUUUAUGUUCGUCAGAAUCAGUUAUUUGUUAUUACCUAGUUUAAAAUAUCGAAAAAAUCUGAUUUUUAACUUUGAUAAUAGGACUGAUGGGUCAUUCACUUUUUUUUUAAAACUAAACAUUUUGAUGAACAAAAUUUUCUUAUGCUACACGUUUUUAAGACGGAGACAACACAUGCAUGAGUAUGGCGUCCUUUUAAGAGGAUUUCACCCAUUUAAAGGGUUUAAUGUAGGAAGUGUUAAUACAAUUUUGAAAAAACUAAAAUGUUAUGUUUAAUCUUAAAUAAUUAUUUAGAUACAUACAGUGAAACUUCUAUUUAACGAGUUUCAUGGGGAACAAAAAAAAAAUUCGUAUUAAAUAUAUAGGAAUUUGUUAAAUAGGAAUAAAACAUAAUUUAUUGCAAUAAUUAUUACAAUAGUAGCAUAAUAAACAUAUAAUAAUUUUACAGCUGAAAUAACUGAAAAAAGCAUUUAUAUAAAAAAAAAAAAACCGAAAAAACAAAAAUAAAUUGGUUUAUUUGGAAUUAGAAUGAUAUGAAACGAAUUUAUGUACAACAAUUAGAUUUCUAUCUCAUGUAUAAAAAAAGAAGCAUAUACUAUAAAAUCCGAGCUCUAGUAAUAACUAAUCAGUAUCUAAUCAUUCCGCAAAACUUAUCAAUCAAUAAGUGCAGUAAAACAAAAGAAUAUCAACAGGGUCUUUUGUUUGAAAAAAAAUCAUAAAUAAGAGGACAAAUAAAAUAAAACAAAGUAUAAAACCAAUGUAUCUAUAUUUUAUAUUGUUGUCAUUUUUCUAUAAUUGUAUAGUAUAUUAUAAAUAUAAUAUAUAGUUUUGGAAUUUAUGUUUUUCAGUGUAGUGGAUUUGAACAUAGCAAUUUAAAUUAAGUAAUCCGUGUUCUUUAUAUCGUCAUAUUUUUAUGUUUAAAUUAUUCUAUUAUACAGGCAUAAAGCAAAUUUAUUACUGAAUACAAUUUAAAACAAACAAUAUAAAGUUUUCGUAUAAGAUUUAUAGAUAAAAAAAAAUAUGUAUUUUAUCAACAUAUCGUUGUACGUUGAAUAAUAGGGCAUAGUCAUUAGGUACACAAAACACGUAGUUUUUCUUUUUAAUUUCGUCGUGACAGCAAUAAUGAGUAUGGGCAUUGCAAUAUACUAUAUAUGAUUCGCGAUGAACCAGAAAUCGCUUAAUUCAAUGUAAACUGUAAAACAACAGAAACAGGUCAAAGCGACAUGCUUAUAUUUGUACUUUACCGAUUAAUUAGUUUUAAAUUUAAAAAAAAUUAUAUAAAUAAAGUAGAAACAUAGAAAAGUUUAAAGUCUUAGUAAAUUGUACGAAAAUAAGUAUCAAGUAUAUGAGUGUUGGGUUGAUUAUGAAAUGAAAAAAACAAAUCACAAUUAUUGGUAAAAUAAUUUGGCUGUAAUAUUUUUUAUAGUUAAUGCACCUAGAUUAGACUCAAUUUACCAACCCCGCUAGAUUAAACCAUGAUACGUAGGUAUAUUAAUAUCAACCUGAUAUUAUAAUUACAUCCUGAAAAUUUAUAACAUAUCCUAAGUUAUCAAAAUUUAAAGAAAUAAAAUCAGGUAUCUAUACAAACUUUAGCUUUGGAACUAGUUUGCAGAUUCGAUAGACGUUCCUAAUGUAUCCAAAUAAACAAAUAACAGCAUUUAUUAUGUUAUACAUUAGUAAUGUAACAUUACCUUAGUAUAGCUAUAUUAUAUAUUUUAAAUCAAUAAAUUAAAAUUAAUUAAUCGUCAAUCUCAUUCAUCAUUCAUGUACUACUAUUCAUUCUUAAAAUUGAAUACCAAUCCGUCAUACUCAAGGUAAAAUUAUCUUUAUUCGUCCUAUAUCUUCUAAAGUAGGUACUAUCUAGUCAUUUUAAUAUUCAACAAACGUAUGUUUAAGAUAAUAAAAUUAUAUUUUAAUACCAAUAAAAAUCUUACACAAUACAAGUUCUUUAUUCAUAGCCAUUUCACAUAGUUUUUUCCCCUAAUUUAAUUUUUCUAUUAUAUAUAUAUAAUACAUUUAAUUAAAUAGAUAACGAUGAGUACCUACUUUUAGAAGUGCAUUUGAUGUUUUACAAUAUAUUUUCAAUAUAUUAUACUAUAUUUUAUAAGGUAUGCUAACAUUAUAUGAUUAUGGUCACGAAUCUGGGAUAACAGUAUAUAAAAAAUAAAUUGAAUGUUAUGCAAAAUAUUAAAAUGGCUAAAAUUAUAAUUUUAAUUUAGAAGGACGUUUUAUCUAUUACCUUCUCAUUAUUUGCACAUCAAUAUAAAUUGAACCUGAGAAUUUGAAAUUUUUUACUUUUACAUUAUACAAUAUUUUGUACUUAUAAAUCAGCUAAAACAGGAUUCUCAUAAUAAUUAGAUAUCUAAAUAUAUUAUACAUUUUAUAUAAUAAUAUGUGUACAAGUUAUUAGAUACCUAUUUAAUUAUUCUAAAUUUUAAUCUUUCAUCAUCAAUUUUUUUUCUAUUCGUUUUAACGUAUUCAGUAACCAUAAUACUAUGAUUAUUUAAAUUAAUAUUAACACAUAGGUAUAAUAUAUAUAUAUAUCAAUUUUAAGUUUAUUAUUUUGAAAUUGAAUUAUAUGCAAGGCUACCUCAGAAAACAAUCAUAAAUUAGAGUAAUUUGUUUUAUUAGUACCUACAUAUUAUAUCUAAAAUAGUAAAUAGAGAAUUAAUUUGGUGAUAAUAAUAUGAAACUAGAAAGAAAUAACUAAUUUAAUAAUAUAAAUAAAAUAAAAUCUAAGCGUUUUAAAAUAAGUGGAAUACAUUUUUAAUAGUAUUAAAUGUAUAUUUUUUGCCAAAUUAAAUUAUUUUACAAAUGUUAAUGUAACAUAUAAUGUAGAAAUAUUACAAAUGUAAUGUACCUAUUACUAAGGGAAGAACUUGAUUAUUUACAUAGUUUUGUUUAAUAUGAUAUCGAUAGUUGUGUAACAUAUUAUGCAUGAUGCAAAUAUGUUAUAUUAAUAAGUAAUUUAUAAUAAUAUUCGUAUAAAUAUUUACAAUUAAAAAAAAAAAAUGAAUGCACAAGUAAGAACUAUUGACUAUAAAAUAUUAUAUUAUAGUUAUUCUUUGUAUGUACUUAACUAAUUUUGUAAUAUAGUUUUAUAUUUUACUAUUUAUAUUUUAGUACAAUAGUUAAUAAUUAUUUUAAUUAAUGAAAAUAACAUUUGUUGCUCAAUAUAUAGUACAAUGAAAAUUACUUAUUAUUUAUAUUAAUAUUCUAUAUUCUUUAUUGUAUCUAUACUAUUUUAAAUUAAAAUCAAUAAUUAUCGACUAAUAGGUAGUGUUAAUGACUAUUGUUAGUAAAUCACUGGUUGUGUAGUAAAAUAAUAAAAGCACCAAUGUAAUAUGUAAAUUCUUAAAUUAUAAGCUCAUUAUUAUAAUAAGAUUAAUUAAUUUGUUGAUGAAAGUUUCUAAGUAUGAAAUAUUUUUGAAAAUUAUUUAUAUAUACAACAAUAAUUUAAAAAAUAUUUAGCUGAAACCAUAGAUAUAAUUGUUAUUUAUAUUUAUUCUGUUUAGUAUAUAAGUAUUAUGUAUACAUAGUACAUACUAUAAGUUAUAGGUACCUAUAAAAAAAAUAUAUUUAUAGUUUUUAUUAAUUGUGAUAAAUUCGCAGUAUUUUUUUUCUAUUAAUCGAUUAAUAUUGAUCAAAUGUAUCUUUACCUACUACAGAUCAAUGAAUUUUAAGUUUGGUGAUAGUGGAUUCAUACUCUCAUCGUGUCCAUAUUACGAGUAAUGGGAGGUUUUGUUCAUUUAUUGGUUAUGGUAUUUAAAUGAUAGAUUUUAUUUUUCCUAAGAAGUUACAUGUUUUGUUUUUUUAGCCUUGAUUGCUUACAUACUUUAUAGGUAGGUACGUAACAUUUAAGUAUAUAAAGAGUUUUUUCUGUAUUUACCAAAAUUUUAAAAAUAAUAAUAACUCAUAAACAGUUACAAAUUAUAUCAAUUUUCUAUGCAAGUGAUAAUAUAGUUAUAAACAGACUUCACAUCGGCCACACCCGUCUUACACAUGGAUACCUCAUGGAAAAAGGAGAAAAUCCUAGGUACAUUUCUUGUGAAACCAAACUCACAGUCAAUCAUUUAAUCAUCGAAUUCCUCCAAUACAUAGAUGAACACAGAAACAAAGAUAUUUUUAAAAAUUUACGUAAUAUGUAUUAUACAAUUUGAUUAGAUAAAAUAAACGGAAGAUGAUUAAACUCUUAUCAUUGUA